AUGAAGAUUCAUCUUGCUAAGCAUGGGGUUUUUCUCAACGAUACUGCCAAUGCCGAGAAUGGUGGUGGAAUGACGCAGCAAUCCAUAAGUAGCCUCUUCCGGAAACGGGCAGAGACAGAAACGUCACAAAGACUGGAGCAAAACUUGUUACGAUGGACAGUCUUGGACAACAUGGCUUUUACGGCAAUCGAGUCCCCGGCAUUUCAGCAAAUCUUCAGAGACAUUCCAGGCAUCACGCUGCCGUUUACAUGCCGCAAAGCUGUCGCUAGUCGAAUCGACGCUGAAUUCGUUUCAUUUCGAGGGCAACUUCUUAGUUUGCUGGCUACUACCUGUCAAACCAUUGCAUUGUCACUGGAUGUGUGGACAAAACGAGUACUUGAAUUUGCCGAAAUGCAUGGCGCACAUACGGGAGAAAAUAUGGCGGACCUACUCGGCUCAACGCUUGAGGAGCUGGGAAUUGAACACAAAAUCCUCACCAUCACUGCCGAUAAUGCCACCAAUAACGAAUCGUUGAUGUCAGAACUAUAUUUCAAUUUGAAAGAGAAAUUUCUCGGCGUUGGGGAGACAGACGCCUUUCAUUUCCAGGGUGCUGAUAGCUAUAUCCGCUGCCUGGCCCAUGUCCUCAAUCUCAUUGUUAGUGAUAUACUCUCCGCUCUGAAAUCCGGUGAUCACAAAACGGCUGUUACUGCAUGCGAUCUUAUGCAAGAGAACAAAGACAUUGGGAUGCACUCUGUCCUAUCCCGCCUUCGAAUCAUGAGUCUCUGGAUAGCAAGAACACCACAGAGAAAACAGCAGUGGAAGUUAAUUUGUCAGACAAAUCGGCUAAAUGACAAGUUUAUCGAGUAUGAUGUUGAUACCAGGUGGAAUUCGACAUUUCGAAUGAUUAGGGACGCCUUACAAGCAAAGCAACAGAUCAAAAAAUGGAUCGAUAGUCAAACCUACCUUCCGCCAUUUACGACUGAGGACUGGGCGUGUCUCCAUCAAAUUGAAUCCAUUCUUGCAAAGUUUGAGGAGUUCACGCUCACCGUUUCCAAGCGCCAGCCCCAGAUCAGCCUUGCAAUACCUAUUUACUACGAACUUCACGACAUACUGAAUGAUGCCGCCUCUAGAGAAGGAGAAUUUUCUGGGCUUCGCGCAGAUAUUGCUUCUGCCGUAUCCUCCGGGCUGAACAAGUUCAAAAAGUACUACGACCUCAUGGAUGGGCAAGAUGCCUACUACGUGGCUCAAGUCCUCGACCCACGAUUCAAGACAUUAUUGUUGGAAAAAGAGCUAGGGAAAGUCAGCGCACACAAGGUUAUAAAACAUAUAAAGGAGCUACUCCAUGAGCAGUAUCCAUCGCCUCGGGUAGAGUCCACUGUCACAAGCAGCCCAGACGAGCCAGCAGCAAGAUCGAUAGAGGCCCGAAUUCUUCAGAAACUGCAACCGCCGAAACUGCAACUCUCCGAUGUUGACAGGUAUUUUGAAGAUGGAGUAGUGAUAGCUCAGGAUCCAGUGAUACAGGACAAGGACUGGUUAUUUUCUUGGUGGAGGGAUCACUGUCACGAGUACCCACACGUUGCCGCGGCCGCCAGGGACUAUUUAGCAAUUCCAGCAUCAGAGGCACUCCUUGCAUGGGGAAACAAUGAGACGGCUGGUGUUGUUGAGGGAUAUAUAUAA